CUUACGAAAGCUUCAUCUACGAGCGUCAUCUAACUGAACUUAUAGAAGGUACUCUUGGUGAACCGCUGACAGUUAUUUGUAAUUCAAAGACAUCUUCAAGCAAUUCAAAUGACGCAAAUACUCUCUGGUAUAGACCACCGAAAUUACAGAUCAGUGGACAAACCACGCCCCGUUUACAUUUCGAUAAGUUAACAGCAGAUGAUUUGGGAACUUAUUUCUGUGCUGACCAGUCAACAUUAUUACAACGUCAUUUACCAGUACAGAAAAUUGAAAUAUGGUCAAAUAAUUAUAUAUCAG